AUGACGUUUUCCAUCCGCAACAUUUUGAAUUUCUCCAUCGUCUUAGGCUUGCUGGCUUCGUUGGUCUCUGCCUCCAUGAUUGAGAACUGCAAGCCAAACCAUGUUGCUAUCACUUAUGACGAUGGACCUUAUGAUUUUACAUCAAAUCUUGUCGAUUUACUGAACUCCAAGGGUGUCAAGGCAACCUUUUUUGUUAAUGGAAAGAACUUUAUUGAUUUAGAAUCAAAUCAAGAGAGCCAAAGAGCUUUAAAAAAGGCUUAUGAGUCAGGACAUCAAAUUGCCAGCCAUACUCUGUCGCAUAAAGACCUAGAUACCAUCUCUGGUGAAGAGUUUGAUUCUGAAAUCACUGAAUUGGAGAGAAUUGUCCAUGACCUUAUUGGUGUCAAGUGA